AUGGAGUGGACGCUUAAAGAAGACCGUGUUGCAGUUAUUGCGUUGCAUCGUUGCGGUUACGCGCCAAUUAAAAUUUUUCACAUACUGAAAAAUUUGAAUAUAACCAAAAGAUUCGUCUAUCGUACCAUCAAACGAUACAAUGAAGACUCUAGUGUAGAUGACAGGUCAAGAAGUGGUCGCCCUCGGUCUGUUAGGACUCCAGCAGUGAUAAAUGCUGUGAAGGCGCGAAUUCAAAGAAAUCCCAAACGUAAGCAGAAACUGUUGGCCCUUCAAAUGGGGUUAAGCAGAACCACGGUGAAAAGGGUGUUAAAUGAAGACUUAGGGCUUCGGGCAUAUCGAAGAAAAACAGGACAUCGUUUGAAUGCUCGUCUAAUGGACCUGAGACUGAAGAGAUGCCGCUCUUUGUUGAAGUGGUACGCGGGAAAAAAAUAUCGGGAAAUUCUUUUUUCGUUUGAAAAAAUUUUUACCGUAGAAGAGAGCUACAACAAACAAAAUGAUAAGAUGUACGCACACAGUAGUGAAGAAGCGAGCAACCGUAUUCUGCGUGUCCAACGAGGUCAUUUUCCAUCCUUGCUCAUGGUAUGGUUGGGAGUUUCUUAUUGGGGCUUAACAGAGGUACAUUUUUGUGAGAAAGGUGUAAAAGCGAAUGGAGUUGUGUAUCAAAAUACAGUCCUGAAGAACCUUGUGGAACCUGUUUCUCAUACCAUGUUCAAUAACAGGCACUGGGUAUUCCAACAAGAUUCAGCGCCAGCUCAUAGAGCGAAGAGCACACAAGACUGGCUGGCGGCGCGUGAAAUCGACUUCAUCCGGCACGAAGACUGGCCCUCCUCCAGUCCAGAUUUGAAUCCGUUAGAUUACAAGAUAUGGCAACACUUGGAGGAAAAGGCGUGCUCAAAGCCUCAUCCCAAUUUGGAGUCACUCAAGACAUCCUUGAUUAAGGCAGCCGCCGAUAUUGACAUGGACCUCGUUCGUGCUGCGAUAGACGACUGGCCGCGCAGAUUGAAGGCCUCUAUUCAAAAUCACGGAGGUCAUUUUGAAUAA